AUGAAAAUCGCAAUUGUUCUACUAUUUUUGGCUUUGGUCUGUUUAGCCAAUGCUCUUACCAUCGACUUGGGUGGUCUGACAGGGCCAUCUUUCGGUAUUGCGCAUCCAAAACAGCCACAAGCAAAACCAGAACCUCAACCAGAACUAGAACCUCAACCAGACUCUCAACCUGAGCAAGAAUCAGAGGGACUACAAGGGACUACAGAACCAGAGCAAGAACCACAGUCGGACUCGGAGUCGGAAAUAGAUUCUGGUCUCAAUCAAUGGCAAAAUAAAUAUGAUUCAGAAUCUCAACGUCCACAGGGACCACCCAAACCUGAGCGCGCACCACAGCCAGAGUCGGAAACAGAUGCUGGUCCAAAUCAAUGGCAAAAUAAUUAUGACUCAGAAUCUCAACGUCCACAAAGACCACCUAAACCUGAGCGCGCACCACAGCCAGAGUCGGAAUCAGAUGCUGGUCCAAAUCAAUGGCAAAAUAAUUAUGACUCAGAAUCUCAACGUCCACAAAGACCACCUAAACCUGAGCGCGCACCACAGCCAGAGUCGGAAUCAGAUGCUGGUCCAAAUCAAUGGCAAAAUAAUUAUGACUCAGAAUCUCAACGUCCACAAAGACCACCCAAACCUGAGCGCGCACCACAGCCAGAGUCGGAAUCAGAUGCUGGUCCAAAUCAAUGGCAAAAUAAUUAUGAUGCAGAAUCUCAACGCCCACAAAGACCACCCAAACCUGAGCGCAGACCAGAACCAGAGUCGGAUAUAGAUUCUGGUCUCAAUCAAUGGCAAAAUAAGUAUGAUUCAGAAUCUCAACGUCCACAGGGACCAGCCAAACCUGAUCGCAAACCACAACCAGAGUCGGAAAUAGAUUCUGGUCUCAAUCAAUGGCAAAAUAAUUAUGAUUCAGAAUCUCAACGCCCACAGGGACCACCCAAACCUGAUCGCAAACCACAACCAGAGUCGGAAAUAGAUUCUGGUCUAAAUCAAUGGCAAAAUAAGAUUGAUUCAGAAUCCCAACGUCCACAAGGACCACCCAAACCUGAGCGCGCCCCACAGCCAAAGCCCGAGAAAGAUUCUUCCCACAAUCCAGGACAAUAUAGCUAUUAUGCAGAAUCUCAUCGUCCACAUAGACAUCCCAAACCUGAGGCACAACCAGAAUCAGAAUCUGAGGUAGAGUUCGUCCAGAACCCAUGGCAAUUAGAAUUCAAUUCGGAAUUCCAUCAUCCACAAAGGCACCCCAAGCCUCAGUUUGAACCACAGCCGGAAUCUGCACUAGAUUCCGUACGUGACUCAUGGCCUCAAGAUUUUGCUCAUGGACAACAUCGUCCACAUAGGCACCGAAAACCAGAACAUGAGGAAGAAAAAGUUGAUUUGCCAAAUCUAUCAGAGUCCAGUGAAAGCAAAAAAACUGGGUACUUGCCAGUAAUCCAGAAGCUAAGCCCAUACCUCGUGAUACCAAACUUUCAGCAACAAAAGCAACAGGCUGCGUAUUAA